AUGGUGGCUAAAAACAGAAAACAAUCGGGGAAGAGUCCAGCGACCCAGACUGACCGUGACAAGAGCCCGUUUGUUUCACCCUCUGGGAAAAGUAACGUUAGGCGACCAGGCAGGGAUGGCAAAGCAUUUAACAGCUCCCUUCCAAACGGACUCUCAGGCAUCAGACACAAGCUGGGGCUAACUCCCUCAGGGGCAGUGACGCUGGGAAUCACUCUUCUCCUCGCUGUUCUGACUGGAUACCUCCAUUGGUGUCAUCUGUCGCAGCUCUUUGAAAAUGACAGGCACUUCUCUCACUUGUCUAACUUGGAGAAGGAAAUGGCUUUUCGAACAGAAAUGGGUCUAUACUACUCCUACUACAAGACUAUUAUAGAGGCUCCCUCUUUCCUGGACGGCCUCCAUAUGGUGAUGAAUGAUCAACUCACAGAGUACCCUUUGGUUAUUAACACACUGAAGAGAUUCAACCUUUAUCCAGAGGUGGUCCUGGCCAGCUGGAACCGCAUCUAUACAAGUGUCAUGGGCUCACUUGGGAUUCCAACAAAGAUGUGCUGGUCCAUCAAUAGAGGAGAGGGUACUCCUGUGGACAGCUGUGAAGGUAUGGGUGACCCAGCAUAUUUCUACGUGACCUGUGUGUUCCUGCUGAACGGGGUGAUGUUGAGCCUGUUCUUCGUUUAUGGUGCCUACCUCAGUGGCAGUUUGCUGGGUGGUAUUGUGACUGCACUGUGUUUCUUCUUCAAUCACGGUGAGAGCACUCGUGUGAUGUGGACCCCACCCCUGAGGGAGAGUUUUGCCUACCCAUUUCUUGUUCUGCAGAUGCUGCUCCUCACCUACAUCCUGCGGACACAGAACCCAGGCAGGACAGCCAUGGUCGCUCUGGGCAUGUCAAAUUUGUGCUUCAUGCUUCCUUGGCAGUUUGCCCAGUUUGUGCUGCUCACCCAGGUUGCCUCUCUUUUUGCCUCAUACAUCUUGGGUUACCUUGGUGCCACCAAGAUGCAAUUCAUCCUGGCCACUCAUAUGAUCACUCUUGGCGUGUGCUUUGUCCUAAUGUUUGGCAACUCCAUGCUCCUCACAUCGUUCUAUGCCUCUUCACUUGUUUCUAUCUGGGUUAUCAUUGCACUGAGGGAUCAAUUUGCUCAGGUCUUCAAACCUGGCAUCAUCAUCUGGCUAAUGCAGGGUUUGGCUUGGGUCAGCUCCACAGUUCUGCUAAAAUUUAUGCUGUCCACAGUCUUUGGUGCCUCUGAUGAUGCCCACAUCAGCGGCUUGAUCAAGUCUAAGUUCACAAGUUACAAGGAUUUCCACACUAUGAUGUACACGUGUGCAGCUGAAUUCGACUUCAUGGAGUUCGAGACUGUCAUACGUUACCUCAAGACAAUGCUGCUGCCAAUCAAUGUUCUUGUGGCUGCUCUCAUUGCCUGGAGGACUAUCCAGGAAAUAAUCCACUUCCAAAGGGUUGGUGCAAGGACUGCUGACAAGACUGAUGAUGCUGAUGAAGGUGUAGGAUUUGAAAUGGCUGCAAAAGGAGAGCUGGUGUAUCACAGUCUGCAGCUGGUGGCGUUUGCUGUCCUGGCCAUCCUCAUCAUGCGUCUUAAGCUCUUCCUGACACCUCACAUGUGCAUCAUGGCCUCACUAAUCUGCUCCAAACAGUUAUUUAGCUGGUUUGGGGAGAAGUUAAAGCACCAGAUUGCAGUAUUUGCUGUGUUGGCUGUCAUGGCCAUACAAGGAGUGGCCAACCUUCAGGGCCAGUGGGCCAUCAUUGGAGAAUUCAGCAACCUUCCCCAGGAAGAGCUUUUAGACUGGAUACAGUACAACACUCAGCCUGAUUCUGUAUUUGCUGGAGCUAUGCCUACCAUGGCCAGUGUGAAGCUGUCUGCAGGUCGAGCCAUUGUCAACCACCCCCACUAUGAAGAUGCUGGUCUGAGGGAGAGAACCAAACUGGUAUACUCCAUGUACAGUCGCAUGUCUGGUGAAACAGUGAAGAGAAACCUGAUGAAGCUGGGAGUAGACUACUUCAUCUUGGAAGAUUCCUGGUGCACCAGGAGAACUAGACCAGGGUGCAGCAUGCCAGAGAUCUGGGAUAUUGAGGAUCCCCAAAAUGUUGGUAAAAUUCCUCUGUGCACCCACAUGUCCAGGAACUCACGGCCCCAUUUUAACACCGUCUUCUCCAACGACGUGUAUAAGGUACUCAAAAUCCCCAAAGUUGCCAAAGAUCUCAGAUAACAGCUAGCAUCAAACUGAUUUCCACACAGCAGGACUAGCCCUGCAGCAGGUGCAAGUGUUCUUUGUCUUUUCACCGAUACUGACUACAGCUUUUUACUUCCCGAAUCUCCAACCCACACAACUGGUAUUGAAGGAUGGAGUCAUAGUGGGUUGAAUGCCGUUGACCGUGAUGUCCUUGCAGUUUUCAAUAUUUAAGACCUAGGGAGACUUGACAGUUGUCCCUGAAUCUGCAUCCGUCACUGAGCUAAAUUCCCAUUUUGCUCCCAGUCAAAGCUGAAAUUUUAGUACAUUUCUGUACUGCAUUUCUAUAAGUGUGUUGGAUUGGUUCUGUUUCUUUAUGAAAAAAAAAAAAACAUGUUCAUAUCAGUAUUGUUUUGUCUUUUUUUUUUUUUUUUUUUUUUUGAGCUUAGUAAAUCCUUUUUCAUCAGGACCAAUUUGUGAUGUCCACAUCCUGUGAAGCAAUACAUUUUGUGAACAUUUUGUGUGUCGAUCUAUGAACAGAUUCUCAGUAGUACAAUAUUUUUAUAAUUUAUUUGUGUGAAUAUUUUUAUGCUGUCAAUUUACAUUUUAGAGGAAAAAUGUUUUUUGGUUUUGGGAAUAACAUGGAAAAGUUCUGUUAUUGUGUUGUUUUUUUUAAAAAUCCUUUUCUGACUACUUCAGUAGUCAUGACCAGAUGGAGUUCAAGGGUUUGGUUGGACAUAAAUCAUAGUGUAGUAGUUGUUAGUUGUGUGAGACACAGCCCUGCAAAAAAAACUUGUCAUUCACCUGGAUUAAUCAGCACACAA